CACCGAGUCUGCAGUAUAGUUACUUGUCGCACACCCAGAAAUAGGUGUGACUUGUAAUUGACUGACGCAUGGCUACCAACUCUUCCUCCCACAGCCCUCGCACCGUUGAGGAGAUCUUCAAAGACUUCUCAGCCCGUCACGCCGCCGUCCUCCGUGCCCUCACUAGCGAUGUGGAGGAAUUUUACUCACAGUGCGAUCCAGAGAGAGACAAUUUGUGUUUGUAUGGGCAUCCAAAUGACUCUUGGGAAGUUGCUGUUCCGGCCGAGGAAGUUCCGCCGGAGUUACCGGAGCCGGUGUUAGGUAUCAAUUUUGCCAGGGAUGGGAUGGAGCGGAGAGACUGGUUGUCUUUAGUUGCUAUGCACACAGAUUCGUGGCUGCUCUCUGUCGCUUUCUACUUUGGUGCUCGCCUAAACAGAAACGAAAGGAGUCGUGUGUUUACCCUGAUAAAUGAUCUACCAACUGUCUUUGAAGCCGUGACUGGGAGGAAGCCUUUAAAGGACAAACCUAGUGUUGAUAGUGGAAAGAAAUCAAAGAACAAUGCAAAGAGAGAAAAACCAAUGAAAGCUAAUCAAAGGCUACACGAGGAGAGUGAUGAAGAGGAUGAAGGGAAUGAAGAUGAGCAUGAAGAAACUCUAUGUGGAAGUUGUGGAACAAAUGGCAAUGAGGACGAGUUCUGGAUUGGAUGUGAUAUAUGUGAAAAGUGGUUUCAUGGCAAGUGUGUGAAAAUAACUCCUGCAAAGGCUCAAAGUAUCAAGGAAUACAGAUGUCCUUCAUGCAGCAAUAAAAGGGCAAAACAUAUGGGUUGAGUUAUAGCUUUAGGAAGAGUUGAGUUCAUGUUUAGCAUAAACUGAAGAUUUCUUAAAUCUGCAGAUGAACCCCCUGACCUGCACAACUCCCAUUCUGCAGCCCCUUACUCUGUCUUUAACUUAUACUUUUGUUUCUUUUCUCAAAAGUUAUUUCUGUUUGUUGCUAGUUUACAGAUGUAGCUUUAUAUCAGGAGGGAUAAAAUCAAGUUCCUUGUAACUGUUGGCAUGUUCAGUUCCUUUUCGUAUAACUC